AUGGUAGAAGAAGAAAAGAAAAGAAGAAAAAAGGAGGUGCAUAGCCCCCUCAAUCGUAAGCGAACCGAUGAUCUCUUGCACGCUUCACGCGAUCUAACGUUACAGCAUGCGAAACGGCCUCGAGAGCACGCUUCUGAGGGUGGCCGCUCGGGUGAUGCUCGCCUGAACGGUCCCCCAGUUGACGGCGAUCAGUUGGUGAUUUGGCAGGCCAACCUUGCUGGCUCAGGUGCUCGGCUGAAUGAGAUCUUGGGCAAUGCUAGUACCAAGCUGAAGCCUCCACACGUCCUCGCCCUCCAGGAUGUGCCGCCCAGCCUUUCACACAAGCACUCGAGCGCUUACGAGCCUGCCUACAUGGUCGACCAAGAGCUUGACGAAGAUGGGGAGCUUGUGCCGAGAAUUCGGCGCGUAGCGUUCUAUCUUCACCGGUCGAUCGAUUUGAACUCUUGGAAGGUCGAGUUCGCUACAGGGAAGAACUCAAACCUCGUCGCCACCCUCACACUCAACACUCAGUGCGGCGAUGUCAUGAUUCACAACGCUUACAACCCGACUGGCCAACUCAACUUUGACGAACUCAUGGUCUCGCCAACCACCGAUAGCAACUCGAUACUACUCGGCGACUUCAACCUCCAUCACAAGCGCUGGGGCGGUUGA